GCACGUCUGGCUACGUCACUGCCGCACCUGCGCAGCCAUCUUGUAUCGGUGAGGAGUAGAAAAGAUAAGGAGAGGAAACCGAGGCGAACAGAGAAAGAGAAACGACGAACAUUCACGAUAAAAACCAGGAGAAAUUCAACAUUACCAAAUAGACAGCUGACCCUGGACACGACACAAGACGGCAACUGCGAAAAAAGAAAGAAAUAGACAGCUGAAAAUAAUAACAAAAAAGGAAAAUCGUGUUAAGAUUUCAUUUCAGUAUAACGACCAGCCCCGCAUUCCCUGCUCGAGUCAUGAAUCCGGAAUAUGACUACCUGUUCAAGCUCCUCCUGAUUGGUGAUUCGGGGGUCGGGAAGUCCUGCCUCCUGUUGAGAUUCGCUGAUGAUACGUACACAGAGAGCUACAUCAGCACAAUCGGGGUGGACUUCAAAAUCAGAACCAUCGAGCUGGACGGAAAGACUAUCAAGCUGCAGAUUUGGGACACUGCUGGGCAGGAGAGGUUUCGUACCAUCACUUCCAGUUACUACAGAGGAGCCCACGGCAUCAUCGUGGUAUACGACGUCACGGAUCAGGAGUCGUACAACAAUGUGAAGCAGUGGCUGCAGGAGAUCGAUCGCUACGCCAGCGAGAACGUGAACAAGCUCCUCGUGGGAAACAAGUGCGACCUGACCACCAAGAAAGUGGUGGACUACACGACAGCCAAGGAAUUUGCGGACUCCCUGGCCAUCCCCUUCCUGGAAACAAGCGCCAAGAACGCCACCAACGUGGAGCAGGCCUUCAUGACGAUGGCAGCGGAGAUCAAGAGACGCAUGGGACCCGGAACGACGAGCGACGCCAAGGCCAACCUGAAGAUCGACAGCACCCCCGUGAGGCAGUCGGGAGGUGGCUGCUGCUAGGACACCCACACCCGCAGCCCUGGGGAGGGGGAGGGAGCAGGGCUGGGCUGGGACUGGAGACUGGAGGCAAAGGGGAGGGGGGCUAACUCAGGGGUGUCAAACUCAGUUCACGGAGGGCCGCUGUGUCUACUGGCAACCCCCGAGCUCUCAAUCGCUUAACUGCUCUAAUUAUUUGAUUUAAUUGGUUUAACGCUUCUCUCCAGGCUUCAGAAUGUUUUAUAGGUAGUGAGUCAAGUGCAUUUUAAAAGUUAAAAGUUAAACACGUCCAAUUGAACUUGUAUUUAGAUCGAUGAAGCUAAUUGAGAGCUCAAGUUGGGAUGGAGACCAGGAGACCCCGCGGCCCUCGGACUGGCACGUGACCCCCCUGCUCGAACUGGGGGGCAGGGUGGAGGGGCAGAAACCCACACGCAGGCGUCGAAAUUAACAGCAAUACCCUCUUCUCAUCCUUUUUAAUGUAUUCCUCUUUAUCAUUUUAUUUUAUUUUUUUAAACACUGGGGCUGCAAAGUGAAAAGCUGGUCGCAGUUUUAUGAAAUACCAAAAGAAACUAGUGAAACGACGAACGAUUUUUCAACGUUGAAUUCAGCAGGUUUUCUUUUAGUAUUUUGGAAAUUGAGCACUGGUGAGUGUUUUAUAAUUAUGGACGGUCAAGUGUUUUUUUUUUUUUGUAACUGGUUUUUCACGGAGGGGAACUGGGACGGACUGGUCUAUAACAGCGCUGGAAAUGAACUCCCAGUUUCCCUCAACGUCCAGCUGCAGUCGACUUGUGAGGAGCUUUCAUUUUGUGCUGUUUUCACCGUGCAAUCUCGUGCUGCUUUUAUCUGUGUGUCCGCAAACCGCGCUGUAUCAUUUAAGCCUUUUUUUUGCUUCUAUAUGUUUACAGCAGUAUCUUAAAAACCGCCUCCCCAAAUCCUGACAAAUGAACACAGACGUUUUAUUUCGAGAGGUUUUGCCACAUCUCCGAGAAUGGCGCGCUGUGAACUUACUAAUCCUUUCUGUUCGGUGUCGACGCUUCAGUCGACUGAGCUGUUGAAGAAUUGUUAACCCUUGCAUGAACGUUUCGCUGUGUCGUGUGGACACAAGGCAGUGAUGCAGCUGUAAGCUGUUGAUUUUCAAUCUGUAUCUUGCACUAUGUUGACACUCUCCUCGUCACAAUUAACAAUAGCAGCGUUGCACUUUUAUAUAGAGCCUUUCAAAACUAGACCCUAUCAAAGUGCUCUAAGCGUUGGGUUAUACUUUGUAAAUGCAUCACUUCCCAGCAAUCUGACGGCUUAUUUAUUAUUAUUAUUAUUAUUAUUAUUAUUAUUUUUUUUUUUUUUAGUCAUUUAGCAGACACUUUUAUCCAAAGCGACUCACAGAGACUAGGGGGGUGAACUCUGCUUCAUCAACAACUGCUGCUGCUGCUGCAGAGUCACUUCCAAUAGGAGCUCGUUUGUUUUACGUCUCAUCCGAAGGACGGAGCACAAGGAGGUGAAGUGACUUGCUCAGGGUCACACACACACACACACACACACACACACACAGUGAGUCAGUGGCUGAGCCUGGAUUUGAACCUCUUGGUUUCCAGACCCCUUUCUUUAACCUCUGGAUCAGCAAGCCUCCUACUUGGAUCCUGCAUAGAUUUUAAAAUACAACAUAACGACAAGUAGAAUAUGUGAAAGAUAGGGUUGUCUAGCAAGGUUGGUGUAUGGAGUUCAUCCUUGCUUUUAUUUAUUUAUUUAUUUUUUUAAAACCCUCAUCAUAAAACUAUACAACAGUAGCCUUACAUACAGAGUAAACCAAAAUAAAAAAGUUGAUCAACUUUUUAAAGAACGUUUUGUUUGUCGUUCAGGGGAAGCCUAAUGCGCCCUGUGAUUCAGAUCAGAACCUUGAAUUUGAAAUCUCCUGUGUGCAGGACAGUGUGUAGCUGGGAGAGGAGGAGUCAGGACCCAGCUGUGUUCCUUUCCCUCGCUAUAUUUUCCCCCUCUGUAACCAUAACUUGUGACUCCCAGCCAUUGAUGCGCAUUCAGCUAGAAAGAAAAGUUGUGUGACUGGUUUGUCGCUGCAUUUAAUACCCAACAGAAACACAGAUCCACAAAGAACAGAUGAUGAUGAUAAUAAUUCUCUCUGAAGAAUUUCAAUCAUGUUACUACGGAAGUUGAUGUGUUUUCUUGUUUAUUCACUCGAAUUAUUCUUAAUAAUAUUCAUGAUCCCAUAAAAAGGGGAAUACGCUCCUGAAAGUUUAUUUCGGAGUCAUGCUGCUGAGGGGGAAGCGUCGUGUCUUCCGUUCCACUGCGUUUAAAUAUUCUCUCUGUAAGGGAAGCCCUUCUCCUUGCCUAGAUUAAGCGAUGAAAUCAAUACCAUUUUAACUAAUUGAAUACAUCCGAGCGAUCGUGACAUUUUUAAGCCUUAUUUCUUUUAGAUUUUGGCUCCCUUUGGUUUCAAAUUCUUUCUAUACACGCUACACUACAGCCGACUUUAUGACCCACAGUCCUAGAAUCUUACUCAGCUGUGAACUGUUUUUAUUUCAUUUUUUUUUCCUACAGCAGUGGUGUGAAGCAGCGUACGGAUCAUUUUUGAAAUGUUAUUUCUGUACGUUUCUGUCUCCUCCUUUUAAUCUGUGAGCUGAGUGACAGACAGACAGAUGCAGCAGCACCUAAACCCCAGAACAGCUCUGGCAGAUUUUAGACUAGCAUUGAAGCUUUAUCUACAGUACAAGUAGGAAACACGAUUCUAGGAUACAGAAUGCAUCUCGGAAGCACUUCAUCACGUUGGCAGUCAGAAAAGCCAACCAUCUUUUUUUUACCAUUAUCAUACACACACAUACAUUAUAGAUAGAGAGAGAUAGAGAGAUAUAUUUACACACUGCAUUUUCCAUCCAGCUUGAAGGGCUCGUCAUCCGAAACGUCCUGAUUUAUGAUCAAUUAUUCACUUUUUUGUGUACCUACAUUAUCCUUCAUUUUUAUCCUUUUGGUACACAACCAUUUAACUUUUUUCAAAUGCGUGUGUCCCAUUCGGUCACACAUUUUUUUCAUUAAAUUUUUUCAACUUUUUAAAACACUUUUGCCAGAACUGUGGAGUUCGAGAAGUUGCUUUGCCAUAACUUUGAGGGGGAAAAAAAAAAUUAUAUAUAAUGCAUUAUAAAAUAUAUACAUAAAUGUGAAGCUUUUAACAUGGUAGAAUGGUGCACCUAGUGACACAUUUUUCCCAGUUUAUUUUAAUAUAUAGCAAUGCUUAGCCUGUUACUGACAGGCUGGGAUCAUGCAACUUGUGGUGUAUUUUUAGUGAAGGCUGCACUCUGCUAGAAGGUUUGAAUCCCCUUCCCAUCUCCGCUCCACUGAAUCACACACACACACACACACACACACACGCAAGCAAUAUAAUGCAUGUGUGCAGUGAGAGUUUGUAUGUGCCUGUGUGUAUCAACUGGUUUUUUCACUCACUGUGGUUGGAGUGUAGUUUUUGUUUCAGAUGAAGCUCUCGUGAAGGGUGUUUGUUCCUCUGCCCCGUUUCUGACUCAACGCUCUGUCUUGAGAGAGACGCAGCAACUGGUAGCUGUAGGAUAUUUUCAUUUGUUUGGUUCUCUCUGCAGUGGAAACUGAUUUCGCAUCCGUUUCAUGUAUUUUUGUUUUAUUAAUGUAUGGACCAAUUGUGCUACUUGUAUGAGAAGAGAUGUGUUUUGUUUUUUUAACAUACAUGAGCAUUCAUAGGCGGUAGAAAAUGCAUGAACGAAACGAGAUUAGAAGGGUUUUAAUUUGAAUUAUAUUUAAACAAAAAAAUAAAAAUAAUGAAUGUA